CUUGCAUUCAACAUCUACCUCGAUCCAACCUAGAAUUUAUUCCAAGUACCUACAAAACCUUCCACGUUGAGCCCUAAGCUCAAAAAAGAACCCUACCAUCAACAUGCCUUUCACUGCCAGCGACAUCAUCAAAAUCAUCUUCGCCAUCCUGCUACCGCCUCUAGGUGUCUUCCUUGAGCGAGGUUGCAAUGCCGACUUUCUCAUCAAUAUCCUCUUAACCAUCCUGGGUUACAUUCCGGGCAUCAUCCACGCACUGUACAUUAUAUUCAAAUUCUAGCCGGCGGAAAGCCGGUGGUGAACUGAAUGGUCAACCACGAUACCCUUUUCCUUUUACUAAAGCCCCUGUCCCGGCUCGCUCCGGUUCUCUGAGCAUGACGGAACUUUGGCUCGCAGCUUCAUUAAUUUGGCUUUCUGUCCUUGUGUUAUAAUAUUAUGAGUGCCUUGGUUGGUCUGCUCUUUGCAUGACAGGACGUCACUUGGCGGCCAGCAAUCCCCGGGUUCAUUUUGUACUUUUGGUCAGACAUGGAUGGUUGCGGAUAAGCAUAGCAUCAUAAUCAACGAUAUACAAUUUAUUGUAGCUUGCAUUUACU